UAGUCGAACGAAAGCGGUCGUCGCGAGGUGAAGCAGGUGUAUGUUUCGUGGUUCUAUUGCGGUACAAAUUUCAAGGUUUGGCUUCGAUUCAUCUUCACCUUCUGAUCGGUCAGUAGACAUAAGUGGACUGUGUGUGGGUGGGCAGGAGAAAAGUGAUUCGAAGCAGCGGAAGGAAAACUGGACGAGUUGAUAUCCUUGUAGCGUGGCAGAUUUCAUCAAUAAGGGAGAUUUUCACAACCGAAAUGAAAAUCAUCCAGUGUGUCCUACUGGCAACGGUGAUUGGUGUCACCGUGGCAUUCCCGACUCCUCAAGAAGUCAAAGCUACUGCUAAAACUGCGGAAAACGAAGAGCAUGUCCCAACAGUACAAAAAAUUGAAAUCCACGUUGAAGUGAAGGCCAUGUCGCCAGACAUUAAAAUGCCGGCCACCGUCACAGUUUCGGAAGUGCACGAGUCUUCAGAUAGUGCUUUGAAAAAGCCAGUAGAAGUGGCCAAAUCGUCAGACACUUCAAAGCCUACAGAAACUGUUAAAUUACAUAAGGAAGUCAUUGUGAAAUCACCAACGGCUGAUGAGAGCAAAACCAAAUCAGUUGAUAUUAAAGCAAAUGUACAUGUUGAAAAAGCUUCGGAAAAACUUGGGGAAAUAAAAGCUGCAUCGAAUGUGAUUGACAAGGCAGCUGAAGUCACACCGAAGACAACAGAAGCCAUUGAAGACGUACCUGAAUCAAAAUCAGCAUUUGAUCCGAAACCAACAGCGAACACUCUUGAACCUAAACCAGUAACGAUUGAAGAUUCUAAAACUAAAUCAGUAGAACUUGUUCAAGAUACAUCCACUUCGGAACCAAAGCCAGUUGUUGUGGAAGCUCCGUUAGCGAAAUCAACCGAGCAGAAGCCGCAAAACCUUGUGAACAAAGAUGAAUCAGAAAAGGAUUCCAAACAAGCUAAUGACGAUGAUGAUUCGAAAGAAGACAAUUCCAGCGAGGAAUCUCCUAAGGAACUAAUCCGGGCAUCACCCGUUGUUACUCUUGAAGAAGCUGUAAAGGAAACAAUGGUUAAAACAGUGAAGGAAGAAGCAACUACUGAAGCAAGAGCUGUUGUAACGCAGAAGGACACUCAGGUGCCCGUGGUGACGGAGAGAAUGAAACAAGGAGCUAAAAGUGUAGAAGAUGAGACUGUGAUCCCAAUCGUGGAAGAUCUUCCAAACAAGAAACCUACUGUUGAGGCGGAGCCUACCUAUAGAAUGAUUCCGGUGACGGUUGUAAUUGAAAAGCCUAAAACAAAAGAAAUUGCCGUGAAGGCAAUUGAACCUAUCAAACCUGUCGAGCAAAAGGAAGAAGAGAAACCUGUUGUAAAGAUUAUUGAAUCAGCUACUGACGACAAGAAAUCGGUUGAAAGCGAAUCACCGAAGGAAAACAUUGCUGUAGUCCAGACCGUUGAGAGUGAAACUGUGAAAGAUGAAGUAAAAGAAGAAGAUUCUUCCUCUAUCUCUCCCAAGUCUGAGUCUGUAAAACAAGAAGAAGAUAUGCCUUUGGUAAAAUCCACUGACCAAACAACUGUCAAUGCUGAAAUUCAAGAUUCUACAGUAACAGAGAUGCAAAAGGACGACACUGUUGCAACUAAAUCCAUCGAUCUCACCAGCACUGUAGUCGACCCAGUUACAGUAAGCGUUUCUCCUGCGGCCACUGAGGAAGUAUUACCUAAGGUAUCACAAGAACCCGAUGUGUUCAUUGUAGAACCCGUGGCAACAGUCCAGGAGGAUGCUAUUGAAACUGAAUCCUCUGUAGUGCCAGCAAAAGAAACAGAAAUUGAAACAGUGAAAUCCGUUGAAAUGGAGGGGAGUUCAACUAAAGCAACGAUCGCAGAAAGCGAAACAUCUGAGAAAGAAGCUGACGAUUCGAGUAUCAGUAGUAGUACAGCCACUAAGGCGUUAGAGGAUGUAACUAAACUGAGCGAAGUGAUGGAGAAGGUUGAGGAACCCGCCGCCGAGGAAGCGGAAAUUUCGACCACGACCACGACGACAACGACCACCACGACACCUGCUCCUAAAACAGAGGGCAAAAAGGGAAAGAAGAAGUUGCCAGGUUCGAACAAUAAACAGAAUACAAUCUAAUAUCCGAGGGUACAGCAAGCGUCUGCAACAGGAUCAAAAGAAGGCACAGUGAGCAAUGAGAGAGGCAGAGAGAGAUCUCUCUUCUAGGAAAGCAGAAUGUCCGUCCAGCGAAGUAGAUUAAUAUUUACUACUUAAGAAUGCACGUGGAACCUGUGGACAGGUUUAUGCCACGUGAUGAUACCUUUUAUUUAAAACAUCUCCAGUAGGGUGUCGCGCUAAUCUGUUGUACGAUGGAUACUUCAUCCAUACCUACAGAUGAUUCUAUUCCAACGGCCAAAAAGGCGUUUUGAAAGCUUUUUUUCGAGUUACAGUCGUCUUUUUCCCAACAAAUUGGCCCGACACCCUUAUAGAUGUACGGAAACGCGAUUGAUUCGUUCGAGAUAGUGGAUGAACUAUUUUUUAAAAUUGCCAGCAUUCACACGAUGAAGUAAAAAGGAAAUAAAACAUCGAAUCGAUCAUUUUGUCCAGUGUUGUAACAUUACGCUUGCAAUAGGUUAAGAUAAAUAUAAUAUUUAAACGAAA